AUGCGACCUAGGAAGAGCAGCGGAGUGGGGGCCGAAGACGACCCCAUCGAUCUAAUUUCAAGUGAUGAUGGUUCACCUGCACCACCACCUGUGACCUCAUCAGCAAGAUUGCGCAAGGAGCGCGCGUAUAUACCCAAUAUCACCGACGAUUCGGGCAGCGCGAGCGAGGUGAACCUAUUACGCAAUCUCCUCCCCGGCGUGCAAGCGGCCAAGGAAAGGGCGGCCAAGCAGGCAGCACAGGAAGCCAGUAGGAACCGCGUGCAAGUGAAGCAGAGCGCGUCCACGACCAACACACCCGCCAAAGAUAAGGGCAAAGGCCAGGCGACGAUUGACAACGAAGAGCAGCGACGAUUUGGCGCAUAUUUCCACAACACACCUAGCAGCUCCUCACGCCCAGCAAAGGUCUUGGACCUUACUCAAGACACCGACUCAGACUCGCCGGCGGCGGACGUUGGCAAAGGUAAAGGCAAAGGGAAAGGCAGGACCGUCGACAGCGAAAGUCGCAAGAGGCCAAGACAAUCGAGCACCGCGUCGCCUCGCAAGCGUCCCGUUCCCAACCGGGACUCCUCACCUUCAGACUCCGACGACCCACCCCCGCCUCGCCGGCGUCAUAUCGGGUUUCAGCGUCUGGCGCUCGCGGCCGUGGAUGCCAUGUUCCAUGAGUCGGUUGGGCCCGGCUCUUGGUCCCACCCUGUCCCUAUGGGUGGCCACAACCCGGCACCUCGUCAGCCUCCCAGUGAACCCGCUCCGGUACGGGGUCCCAAGCCUGGAAGCUGGGGGAACUUUGAACCUCUUGUUUUACCCAUCAAGAAGCGGGACGCGCCGGAGACAUCUGGCCCCGAAGGCUCCAGCCCUCCUCCGUCACACCCAGAGAAGAAGAAGGUUGUGGCCCGCAAGAGUGUUGGUGGGCGCGCUCCACGCCCCGUUAAGAGUGACGUUGCGAAGGUCCCUGUCCUCCCUCCCCCCUCGCCACCAAAGGUAGCGCCAGCGCCCGUCCGAACUGGCCCCAGCUGGCGUGUUCACAGUCCGACCCCAGUGGUUUCCAGCUCAUCACAGUCAGCUCCUGUAACCGCGACCGAUCUCGAGGAGCCCCCGAUGGACGAGCCCCGGAUGGACUUUACAACGAGUCCUGUCGAAGACUUCGCCGAUUCGGACGAUGUAGAAGUCGACAAUGGACUCGACUUUGGCGAUGCAGGUGGCCUGGACGACGAGCUCCCGUCCGAGCCCAUUGCGGCUCCCAACGCAUCUACAGCGAACACGCUUGACCAAAUGCCCGAGCCAAGUGACGUUCCCAGGACCUCAGACCUAUCACCAGCCCCACCCACGGCUACUGUUGGGACGACCGCAACACGUUCUCGCAGCUCGUCAUCGUCGUCAAGCUCUGACAUGUCUGCUCUGGCGCGUCUGGACUGGGAUGACAACCGAGCUGGUCAUUCGGAAGCCGGGUUCAGCGAAGCCUCCGGCCCAUCACGCGACCCGCUCAACAUCAUUUCCGAAGAUGAUGGUCCCGCUGCUGCCUUACACGGCUCUGGCUCCGAGGCAGAAGAGCCCAUUGAAUCCCCACCUGCGGGCCGUAAGGCUGCCUACUCCCCUCCUAUUGCUGAAGCUCAGGCGCAUAAAUCGCGCUCAGAGUCGUCGGAUUCCAACAUGGAGGCUGUACAGACACCUGCAGCACUGAAACAGCAUGACCCUGUUGUCAUGUCUCCCACCGCGGAGGUAGACUCGUCUUUUCCACCCAUCGUCGUGGACCGUCUCGAAGUUCGACGAAUCAUCGCCGAAGUCCAAGCACCUCCAGAGGUCAAUAAGAUCCUUUCAGGAUGGUCAGCCUCCUCCUGUAAAGUAGCUCCUAUCGUCACUUCAAGGGCUCCUGACGAAGAGCAGCCCCCACCCGGGCGUCGCGGUGUCGCCAAACGUUCAAUUGACCACGAGAUUGUCGACGAGUGGAAUGGCCGUCUCACCAAGCUCACGAACAAUGGCGAUCUUCACUGUGCCAUUUUCGAGGCGUACAUUGGUUGGGCGACCAGCACGGACGAGCCUUUCGCCCCAGAGAUCAAGGUUGUCAACAAGAUUGACGCCCAUGGUGGCCCUCCAAAACUGGAGUUUCAGUACUCGAAUGAGAUGCUGUACCAUCCCGACGUUCCUGACCCAGAAAUGGGACUUGGAUGUGGAUGUGAAGGCCCCUGCGAUCCCGAGUCAAAAACGUGUACUUGCCGCAAGCGCCAAGAGCUGUAUUUGUACGGCUACAACGAGGGCUUCAACUAUGCCUCUGAUGGUCGUGUGAGACAGCCUGAUUGUCCAAUCUGGGAAUGUGGUCCAGCGUGCGGCUGUCCGCCGGAGUGCAUGAACCGCCGCGGACGGGACAAGGGCAUGAAGCUUGAGAUUUUCCAGACAGGCAAGUGUGGGUGGGGUGUCAAGACAAACUCGUACAUUCCACAAGGCCAGUUUAUCGGUAUUUAUGCUGGCGAGGUCAUCACGGACGCCGAAAGCGAGCGUCGAGGUCACACGUACGAGAAACUCGGUCGUACCUAUCUCUUCGAUUUCGAUGGAUACUCGAUCGGAAACCCACCACCCGAAGGAUGGAUGGAAGGGAAGCCGCCUCCCAAGGAACGACUCGAGGACUUCGAUCCUCGCGCGGCACAGUUGGUACGGGAAGAGGCCAAAAGGAUCCAGCAGGCAAAGGAAAACGGCGAGGACAAUCCCUCUUCCUACUCUGUGGAUGCGUUUCACUAUGGCUUCACGCGGUUCAUCAACCAUUCUUGUGAUCCAAACGUCCUGAUCACGUCCGCAUACGUCAAGGACUUCCACCCUGCUCGGCCAUUACUGGUCAUGUUUGCACGCCGACCUAUUAUGGCUGGAGACGAGUUGUGUAUUUCGUACAAGGGCAUCGAGGCCCUUCCUAGGCCUCACUCCGUGCCUCCCGAAGCGGCCCACAGCGGUGGUGGUGGCGGUGGUCGACGCGCGGCGAAGAGCAAGACUACUGCGCUCGCCCAUGUUACCCCGUCAAAGGGACAAACUGUUCCCAGCCAUGCGGAGUGCCACUGCGGCUCAAUCAAGUGCAACGGCUACAUGUUCGGCAGUGGACCAGAUUAG